AUGACUUCACCAAAGGCUGACGACACAAAGAUGCAGGACCCGGAGUGCAAUCACUUUGAGACAGCAAAGACUGGUACCGGGAUUGCAACUGUCGGUGCUGGGACUGGUGAAGACAUCAUCAACGCAGAAAGGCAGCUCUCGGUCCUUGAGAAUGCAAAAAGGCAUUGGCGAGCUCUGCUCAUAGCUUCCGUAGCCUUUUCCGCCGGCAUCGUCUUCGCCUACGACACAGUCACCAAUGGAGCCUCGAUCUCGAUGCCCUCGUUUCUACUAUACUUUGGCGAAAUCGGACCGACAGGACCCUAUCUCCCUUCCAUCUGGACCUCGUUGUGGACUGCAAUGUCUUCACUUACGCAGGCCCUUGGUGCCAUUUUGGUUGGCUUCGUUUCUGAUCGAUAUGGGCGGAAGUGGCCAUCCUGUGCUGCAGCUAUUUUGACUUUAGUCGGCGCUGCGGUGCAGUAUAUCGCUGUGCCGCGUGCAACUCUAAUGGGCGGCAAGAUGAUUUCGGGUCUGGGUAUUGGUGCUGUGAUGGCCACCGCUACGACGUACAUCGGUGAAGUGUCGCCUCUGAAACUUCGCGCUCCAUUACAGACCUGUUUCGUCAUCUUUGUUCUUCUCACCCAGGGUCUGGCAUUGGGCGUGAUCCGCAUAUUCGUUCCUGAUAUUCGAGAGCAAGCGUUCAGGACGGUCAUUGCUAUCCAGUGGGCCGUUGGUGGCUUAGCUGUUAUCACCUGGGCUGUGGCACCAGAGUCCCCUAUUUGGUUGAUCAAGAAGGGCAAGAUUGAAGCUGCGCGAAAGGUCAUGCAUAAGAUCUACGGUCCAAAUCACCCCGAUGAGCGCCUCGAGUAUGAGAUACAAGCUAUCCGCGCGGAACAAGAACUCGAAAUGAACAACAACGCUACAUACGCAGCAUGUCUUCAGGGCCAUAACCGGAAGAGGUCUUUGACCGUCGCGUUUCUUUACUCGACAGCCAACAUUGGCGGCGCCCCCUUUCUAGCUCAGAACAUCUACUUCCUCAUUACUGCCGGUCUUGAGGCCGUUCACUCUUUCGACAUUGGUAUCGGCGGCUUCGCUUUUGCUGUGCUGAUUAUCAUGGCUAGUGGAGCAUAUCUGCAGCGUAUUAGUCGGCGAAACGUCGUGCUGCUAGGCCUCGUGAUCAACCUUCUUUUCAUGGUUAUCAUUGGCACGCUUUACUGGGCCACAAACAAGGGCGGCCUUUGGGCAAUCGCUGUUUUGAUGAACCUACUCAUCUCCCUACAGUCGGCGUUCCUGCAAGGCGCUGGUUGGCCUAUCGCCGCCGAGAUCCCAUCGUACGCGCUUCGUGCCAAAACGUUGUCUAUCGGCAUUUGCGCGCAGACCUUCACGACUUGGCUGUUCAACUUCAUCACCCCUUACAUGUAUAACGUUGACUCUGGCAAUCUCGGAGCCCGCACCGGGUUCAUCUACGCUGGAACAUCCGUGUUCUUGCUGGCAGGGGCUUGGUUUCUUGUCCCAGAUACCACGGGUAUGACGACGGAGGAAAUUGACAAGGCUUAUGAGUCUGAACUGACGCCCAGGAGGUUUCAAAAGCACGCUAUUCCGGCUCAUAUGGGCCAUGAUGGCAAGUCGUUGCGAGAUAUUUGA